AUGCUGGGCCUGAUUUUCGCGUUGGCACUUUUUGCCGUGCCUGGUCUUGUUGGCGCUGCAUGCGCUAAAUCAUUAUGUGAGGGAUGCCCGAUACCAAAAGCAUUUCCCUAUCCGGGAGAUUGUACGGGGAAAAUCACCGAAGUGUCUGGCUACUGGGUCGGCAACUGCACAUUCCCACCUGACGAUUGGAUGCGCAUGCUUACACCUAGCGGAGAAUGCGUUCAGACUUGUAUGUCCGGCCAUCUGCCCGUGGUGAUCAAGGACGCGAAGGCAAAGGACUACGUGGGAGCCGAAGUUUACUGCGUCCAACAGAAGCUCUAUUACAAGAUCAGGGGCGAUCCGCGCUACCCGGACGGAGACGAAUUGAUCCCGUUUGACAAGGACGAUACCGUGAUUUGUCUCGCCGUUGCAAAAGUC